AUUAAAAUAAAGAGCAUUUGUAACGUGUCUUGAUAUAACAUGUGAGAGUGACAAGACCUUGCGUUGUUCGUGUUCAUUUUUUCAUUCUCAAACCCAGGAUAGGACCGAGUCCAAGAGUUUCUUCUUCGGUUGUGUGAAUUAGAGGGACCUGAGUGAAACAAGUGUGGCGGAGUUCUCUAACAAACAUGACAGAGAAGAAUGGCAAACAACCAUUGUUGGAGAGGAAGUACUACGAGGACUGCCCAGGUUGUAAAGUGGAUCAAGCCAAAGAGUUGAGUAAGGGACAAGGUGUAUCCUUUACAAAUCUUUUUAUCAUAUGGGUGGUGGUGCUGUGUGCCGCACUGCCAAUAUCAUCGCUCUAUCCAUUCCUUUAUUUCAUGGUAAGGGAUUUUAAUAUUGCAAAAACAGAAGCUGAUAUUAGUUCUUAUGCUGGUUAUGUGGGUUCUGCAUUCAUGCUUGGCAGAUGUUUGACAUCUUUGUUGUGGGGAACUAUAGCUGAUCGCUUUGGUCGAAAACCUGUUUUUGUUAUAGGAAUUAUUGCAGUUGUCAUUUUCAACACACUAUUUGGCCUUAGCACAAGUUUUUGGAUGGCUGUUAUCAUGAGGUUUCUUAUGGGAAGUUUAAAUGGUUUGCUUGGAACAGCGAAGGCGUAUGCCACUGAAAUAUUUCGAGAAGAACACCAAGCUCUAGGACUCUCAACUGUCAGUGCAGCUUGGGGCAUAGGUUUAAUCAUUGGCCCAGCAUUGGGAGGCUAUUUGGCUCAGCCAGUGGAGAAGUACCCACAUAUAUUUCCAAAGGAUUCCUUUUGGGAUAAGUUUCCAUACUUCUUGCCCAACUUUGUAGUAUCAGCACUUGCAUUUGUAGUAGCUAUUGGCUGCAUCUGGAUUCCGGAAACACUUCACAACCACAAUUGUAGCAAUGAAUCCAUAGACGAUGCUGAAAAUGGAAGUAGUGGGGCUGGCAAUGAAAAGACAAUUCAAAAGAAUGAAAACCUCCUCCUGAAUUGGCCCUUAAUGUCCUCUAUCAUCGCUUAUUGUGUUUUCUCACUUCAUGAUAUUACUUAUACAGAGGUUUUCUCGUUAUGGUCUGUUAGUCCUCAAAGGAUGGGGGGUUUGAACUUUACAAGUGAUGAUGUUGGUAAUAUUCUUUCAAUAUCAGGUGUUGCACUUAUCAUUUACCAACUUACCUUAUACCCAUCUGUGGAAAAAGCUAGUGGACCUAUUGGUAUUGCCCGCAUCUCAGCGAUGUUAUCCAUACCUCUUCUACAAAGCUACUCCUUCAUAGCAUUGUUGUCAGGCUUGGCACUAUACAUAGUGUUAAGUAUUGCUUCAAUUCUGAAGAAUAUUCUGUCUAUCACCAUUGUAACUGGUUUGUUCCUACUACAAAACCGAGCAGUGGAACAACACCAAAGAGGGGUAGCUAAUGGCAUUGCUGUGACAGGCAUGUCUCUAUUCAAUGCUAUUGGCCCUGCUACAGGUGGUGCUGUAUUAACUUGGUCACAAAAGCGAAUGGAUGCUUCAUUUCUCCCAGGCACCCAUAUGGUCUUCUUUGCCUUGAACAUAGUUGAAGCACUUGGAUUAUUAAUGUUGUUCAAACCAUUCCUUGCUGAAAAGAAGAAAAGGCACUCAGAUCAGUUACACUGAUGCCUAUCAGUUUUGCUUAGGCAUAUGUAUAGCAUCUCUUUGAGCUAUUGUUAUUUCUUGCCUAUUAUUUGGGACAGCGAUGGUAGCUUGCUGCAUUGAGUAUGUUAUCAUGCGGACUAAUUAUUAUUAAAGCUAAAUAGGUGGUACCAAUUCAAUUUGUAACUCCAAAAAAAUAAAAGCUAAAAUAUUGAUCCUUUUUUCUUCCCC